AUAACAUUAUAUGAACUGUGUUUCCUACUUGAUUAAAAAAUAUAAAGAACUGAGUGUUUAUUUCCCUAAUUAACCAAGAACUUUUGUACACGUUUAAGCUAUUAUUAUUAAAAGUGUUUGCAAAAUGGUCAAGAUUAUAAUAUUGCUGAAUUAUAUAAAAGUCCUUUUCAUGUUGAGCUAACAUUUGACUUUAGCACAAAAAAGAGAUAUUUUAGAACACGUAAAAUAAUAUUUUUAGUUUUUCUCAUUUUGUUACCAAAUUUCAAACCUUACAUGGAGGUUAUUAUAGUAUAUUUGACACCCUAUAUACCUGUGAUUAGAGAUGUGUAUAUAUAUGAGGGCUAGGCAUGCUGUGUGUCUGAGCUUUGUCUAAAUGUUAUGCAGAAGUUUGUAGAGUUAAAGGUACGUAGGUUUAAUUCAUGCAAGGUAAACAAUAAGUGCUCUCUUUUAUACAAUAUGCAUUGCAUCUGGACCUUAAACAUAUAAAAAUGGUCAGUGAAACUUCUGUGAACAUGAAGAAAUUAUUAAAAAAGGCAUUUAAAUGAAAUUUGCUAAGUUGUGAUUUUUACGGUUGGAACCAAAGUUAUUCAAAUAGUAAAAGAAAAAAGAGAAAGAAAGGAAAGGAAAUCUCCCAUAAUAUUUUUCUGCAUCUGUUUGCUUUGACUGAGUAGGCGUUUUGUCAUUAUUGUGUAUAUGAGAUGUACUUGUAUCGUUCAUAAUAUAUUUUUUUUAUUAUGUGUAGAAAGGUUUUAAAAACUAACGUGCAGCAAUUUCCAGUGAACCUGUACUUGGACAUCAGGUAGUGAGUCUAUUUGUGGUCACUAGCACUGUCUCCUAAACUUGUAAGAGGUCUGAAGCUAUCCUUUGAUUUUUGCCAGUGCUAUUAACUUAUGUAGACCUGUUAAAAAGCAGAGCAACACAAUUAUAGUUAUCCUACUGAGCCAUGGAUUCUGAGCUUCAUUUUAAAAGUGAAAGCCAAGUUGGUAUAUGUAAAGGAUUUCCAUGUAGCUGUGGUGCUAGUUAUUACUGGCUACAUUAUACGCUAAGUGUUUUUGUGUUCCCCAAGUGUACAAGCCUUCUAUCAAAAGUAUGUUCUAUAACUCAUAUAUUCAAGGUGUAGGGUAUGAAAAUGCAAAGCUUAGGAGAGCACUUUACUAAGCUGGUGUCCUCCAAACUGAAAUUGUUUGUAACGAUAGUCUUUUACAGGUUUUCAUUUAAAGAUGUUCGUGUGCUUUUAAUUGACAACUAACUUCUUGCUGCUGUAUAGUAAAAUAUUAAUAUAUUUUUAUCAUUAAACUGCUGCAUGACUAUCAUCUUUGAGUGAAGAGAAAAUGUUAUAAAAAAAGAUGCCUUAAACAGUACAUUUUGGUUUGGAAUUAUGUAGAAAGUAUUUUGGUUAAAAAAAAAAAAAGGUCUUGUCUGACAUAGAGAGUUCUGGGGAUGGAAUUGUUUUCUUGGCAAAUCCAGCCAUAUAGAUCUAACUGCUGUAUGUAGAAGACACCACCUGUAGGAGCUGGAAGGUAUCAGUGCUUCUCACAUUGUAAAGCAUUGGCCUAGGAAGGUGAAAGAGUUGUCUUUUUGAAGGAUUUUUUUUCUGCUGGUUCUUUGGGUUUUGAUUUGAUAUUUUUAAGCUCCCUGGUUGAGUGUGUUGUCUUUGUUUUUGAGAUCUACUGUAUGUGUUGAAUAACAAGCUAUUUCCAUUGUACUGUGCAUUUUCCCAUUAAAUUGUUUGCUUUUAAUAUUCAUACGAUGUUAAAUAUGAGGUGACCGUACAAUAGUUAGGAGUUUCUUUACUUACAAAAUCACUGGAAAUGAUUAAAUUGCUUUCCCCCUUACCCCAAGAUGCAUUUUUCUUAUUUUCAUAUAGUAAAGUUGAGCUUUUACAGUGCAUAAUGUGACAUUUGGAAUGCUUAUCAACUGCAUGUAAACAUUAAUAACCUGCACUUUUUUGUCUUAAGGUUUGUUGAGCUGUUUUGUUCACUGUACUUUAACUGUGAUAUGGAAAAGACUGCAUUCUCUGUGUUGUUACUAGUUAGGAAAGAGAAUUGCUUUGAUUUUGUCUCUUGUUUACUAUAGCUUCUUAAAGUUAAGCCUUGUGCUACAGGUUGUUGGAGUACUCCUAGAUCAGUGUUUCAUAGUAGCCAGCAAUAAGUAGUGCAAGUCAACAAAAACACAGCAAACUUAGGCAAAGUGUCCUUUCUUUGAGAUGCGAGUUCUUUCAUGAGGUUUUCUUUAGGGUCCGAGUUACCUAAAGUGAAGCCUUUCUUACCUAUAGACUUCAGAUUCUGUUUGGAAUCCUACCGGAUCAAGAAGCACAUGCAUUGUGCAGUUGUCUUUACACUAUAACAGUUAAACACAAUCUUACUAAGAUUUUGAAACCAUUGUCUGAUUUAUGGUCAGUGGGUUGAAAAAGAAAUCCACAUGCAGAUCUUUUAAGACUUAAGACAUGAUCAUGGAAAAGACUAAUGACUGUAAAGAUGCUCUUUUUUUUUUGCAUCUCACUUUACCUCCCCAAGUACCCUCCCAUUCUUCCCUCUCCCCUCUCCUGUUUCAUCCUUUUCCAGCCCUUCCCUCCUCCAGGUGCUCGGUACUUUACCAAGGUUCUAUAUCUCAGUGUUUUAUGUUGGAGUUUUUCCUUGUUUUUAUUUUACUAGUUGGUAAACCCUGUUUGUGCUGAAACAAAAAAGGAAAUGGUAUAUUUGACCAUAUGCUUUAUUUAUAGAAGACAGUAUGAUCAAAUGUGCCAAAAACAAGCAAACAAAAUUUAAUUCCUGACAAGUAUGCCUUAUUUUUAAUGAUCUGCUUUGUCUUACAAUUAAGGUCCAAGAGCUUGGUUAAACUUUAUUAUUUGCCUAAGUAUAAAAGAACACUUCAAAUGCAUUGUGUUCUUUAAAAUGAGAGACACUGUCAAGUAAUUUAAUCCAGAGAUCAGCCACCAGAUUUGAAAUGCCCAUAUAUGUGUGUGUGUUUGGUGUUAUUUGUUUGUUUGUUUUCUUUUAAAUCACCAAAUCUUUUUUUAAGCAACUUUUUAUUUGUGCCUCCUAUUUAUCAUGCUGAUGUUUGAAGCAGCAGUCAUCCAGCCAUAGAGGGAGCUAAAGUAACCAGAACUGUAGAAAUCAUUAUACAUGCCUUUGACAACAAAGGAAGUUCAUAAGAAAAGCCAUGUUGGCUUUUCCUCCACUAGAUACAGAUUGAAGGUAGAUGAAUAUUUGCCAAAUGGGAAAAAAAGACAAUGUGAGUCAGGAAAGACAAACUUUUCCAGCUUCUCAAAAGCCAUGGAGAGUAGAAACCAAAACUAACAGGGAAAUAAAAAACCUUGAAAGUCUCACUUUCUAUUUAUCUCAUGCAGGGGUUGAAAUUUGACUCUUAAGUGGGAAAUAUAUCAGUGUAUUUUUUAGGUCUUCACAUCUAGAUAUGGAUAACUAUUCCAGUAUGAUUUUUCAGGUAAUGCUGCUAGCAGUUUUAACCCCUGCUUAAAGAAGACAGAUAAUUUCAUUUGGGAGCAAAUACUUGUUGCCUUGAAAAAUAGCACUGUAAUAGCCUAUGAUAAUUAGUUAUAGAAUAACCUUUAUCCCUUUUAAACUAUGCAAAUUAUUAAAUAAGUGUAAAUUAGGACUCAAUUAAAGAUAGUUGAUUAUAUUGCAAUCAGAUGGCACUUACAGACUUAACUGGAGCGUAUACAAAUAAAAUCUAUUAGUCUAAGAGUUUUGUAUGCUAACAGAAAAAUAUAAUUUAGCUACCUAUUCUAAAAAUGGUGAAUAUUAUUAAUAUUGUACAAUAGGACUGGGAAGACUGCCUCCUUUUUUGAAGAGAGAGAGAUUAAGGAUUUUUAUAAUUGUUUUUCAUCAAAGUUUAAUAUUUUUGUCAAAUUUUUAGGUAUUUAAUUUGUAAAACAGUUUGCUUUGUACUGGCAUACAGAAAAUAGGGUAUUGAUUUUAAACUUUUUGAAGCCAAGUGAUCAAGUACAUUUGUAAUAAAAGUCAAUGGAUCUAUAUCAGUUGUACUCACUGUUUUCAUUUCUUAUACUUAUUAAUAUAGGAAUGCUGUACUUUUUCUGUAGGAAAACAACUAAAUUUGGGUGGAAGGGAGGGGAAAAGAUAAGUCCGUUGAUAAUGAGAACCUGGGUGGGUACCAUGACCCAAGCACUUUAUAUAAUCUUUAAGUCAGUUAAGAUUUAGUAUAUUAAAAAAGAUGUAUAGGUCACUUUUUUCUAAUUUUUUUCUUAUGAAAUUUGAUGUUUGUGGGGAUUAUCUCAUUUUUUCUGUUCUUUAACAUUUUGCAUUUGGCAAUGUUGAAACUUUCUAAACUAACACAUUUUUCUUUAUGGUAUUUUGGGUUAUCCGCCAGCCAUGGUUGACCCCACCAUGGACCUGAUUUUUUUUUUAUCUCCCACACAUGGUUCAUCCUCUCUUCAAUAUUCCCACUCAUUGUUUUUCGUAUUACACACACAUAAACACAUACACACACAUAUUUCCAUGUAAUUUUAGAAUGGGAUUUCGGAAAUUGUUGCUCUGGUGGCUUUCAUAGCUCCACAAUUUGUUUUAUUUUACAUGUGAACACACUUUUAAGAUUUUUUCCCCCAUAAAAAAUGAGAUACCAAAUCUAAUGACAUUUUCCCUUUUCAUUAUCAGAACGAGAUUCUGCUUUCUUUGUAGCAUCCUUUAUGCUAAAAUGAGAAUCUUUAGCCACUUAGGUUUUGAAAAAUUGGUGAUAGCUCUGAGUAUAACAUUUAUAGUUGAUGAUCCCUAACUUUGAGUAUCUUAAUGAUUUGUAGGUAUAUAUACUUCCUCGUGAGAGUGGAAUGAAUAGGAGAGAGAAUUUAUUAGAACUGCUUAAGUGAAUAAAUUCACUGAAGUUAUUUGUACAAAGUUGUCUUAAACUUUAUCCACUUUUAAAUCAUUUAUUAUAAUAUAUCUGUUUAUUUUCAUUGCAAGCUAACCAAAUUUAGGCCAUUCAUAAUGAAAUUGUGUAAAGCUAAAGUGACCUGCUAUUAAAAUUACUGUUUUCACCCAGCACAUUAAUUACUGUAGAGAAUUUAUAGUAAUUUUUUAGGGAAAGCUGAUUUUACUAUUUGAAGGGUUAUUUGAUCCUAGAACAAAACCUAAAUUUAAGGCCUAGGCCAUUUGAUAGGUUCUUUUUGAGCAGAAAUUUCAAUAUUAUGGGCUAAGUGAAGAUCAUCUAAACUAACAUUAGCAUGUCAGGUAGAAUUUCCUAAUGUAAGAACAACCAGGUGAAAAGUGAAAGAUAUGAUUGGUUUCAAGCCAAUAGUUUGUCAUCUCAACUGCUAAACUGACUACCAAGUUUUGAUGUUGAAUGAUCCUAGGCAAUUUAUGUCUUUAGAAAACUUGAGUAUGACAAAGGUCACUUGUUAGAAAUAUUUUUCUUAAAAAGAAUUUCAUAGCUACUCAUUUAUUUUUAUUUUGUCCCCAUAUUGUGUUUAGUAUUUAUUUCCUUUUUUUUCCCUGAUGUGCUUUGCUUUUGUGGAAAAUUGUCUUGUUUGAUAGGCAGAAACAUGGUGGUGAUCUUCUGUGUAAAAUAGUUAUUUCUUACAGACCAGAAAUAUUUUACUCAUUUUUGAAUCACAAGAUUUUUGCAUUUUCAUGAAUACAUACUUUAUUUUGAUAAUUAUUAGUAAUAUGCUUACUAAUUAAAUUUUUGUAGCAUCUCCUAGAAAAAAUUUGAGCUAAUUUUCUUGAUUUAGGGUGCACUUUAAUAAUUCAAGAAGCCUCCAAGUUCAAGGACCAAACUUUUAUAUUCUAGAAUUUUGAAAAACAUGGAAAUAUUCUUGUUGGCAUGUGUUUUGCUCUAAACUGGAUUAAUGCAGAAGGAUUCUAGGAGGACUUAAGAAAAGAUGUCCUUCUUACAAAGUGGCAGUCAAACUUAUGGGACAGGUGACUUAUGUAUUCACAUUGACCAGCUCAAAUAGUGAUGGCCAUCAGCUAAUGAAUUAAUAGACUCAUGUUGGGGAAUGAGUCAAAUGCCCAUUGAUCUGGAGUGGAUUGGUAGUUUCCAGUGCAGGUAGUUGUUGGUGACAUUUGGUUUACCUCCUUACCAUAUAACCCUAGCAUUUUCUUUAUUUCCCCUUUUUCCUGUCUGUCUCCUUUAUUCUUCUUGUCAUAGGCCUUCCAGUGGUACUCCAGUUUAUCUCCUUAAGAGGGAGGUAAAGUAAUUGCUGACUCCUGUCUUAGAACAUAGCUAACUGAUCCCAGAAAGAUGUCCGUAUGAUGUGGUGAUUGGACAGUUUUUUAUGACUGUUGUUUUCCCCAUAGUCUUAAGUUGACAGUUUGAAGAGCGUUGAAAUUGUUUAAGAAAUUUGAACUGAAGAAAGUAAGAAGUAUGUGUAUCUUAGGUAAGUUACUGGAAGCUGAGACUUACUGGUUUGGAAAUUUGAGAGCAGAAAUGGGAGAGCUGUUUACUGUGUUCAUGAGUGGGAAUGUGAAAGGUAUAUUAAGGGAAUGGUUUGGAGGUAAAGUGGGAGAGAUUUUUGUUGUAGGUAGGAAAAGACACUAAGUUGGAGCCUUAUAUGAGAGUUGUUUGCUAGGGACAAUGAAGUUGAUCUUCACGAAGGAAGUUUCAGUAAAACCAGAGAAAAUGUGUCCCUUAUUGGUUAUGAGAAAGCUGUUGGUCUGUAGCUAGAUAUGAUGAUGUUGAUGCAUUAUACAAGUUUAUUUUCAGGUGUAGGAUGUUUGCUUUUCUGGAUAAAUCAAAUAGCACAAUUGUGGAAUGGCAACUUUUCUGGUCAAGGCAAGUUGGUGCUGGGGACUUACUAUUUUGAGGAAAAGAAAUAAGAUUACAAACUUUUUCACAGUUAUCAUUUUUAAACUAUCAGAAAUAUUUAUCAUACAGACUAUUCUCCUGGGCUCAUGUUACAAUAUAGUUUACCUUUCCUUUUCAAAAUGUUCUUUAGGUCAAAUUACUUAGUUUUAUAGUCCACCAAGAUCCAUAUUUUGCUUUGCUUUUACAGAACCUUGAGCCUUUGGUCCAUGUAUAUUUCUUAGAAGAGGACAGUAAACCGGGUAAAAAAACUGAAUUGCAGUUUUAGAUGUCUUUUCUAUUUCUUUUUUAUUUGCAAUCCUAGCAGUCACUUAACAUUGUGAACCUUAUGAGACCCUCAAUAAUACUAUACUUCUAAAAUUAGACAACAUACCCCACAAACUCAAGUUUCUGUUCCUUUUCCUCUGUAUUACUUUAAAAUUGUAGAAUUCCCAAGAGUUCAGUGGUGGCAAAUGUUAACAAUGUAAUUUAGUACAUCCUGGAAGUUCUUACGUCCUUUGUACGGUGAACUGAUAGUGUUUAGAUUUCUGUUCCCAGUAUCCCAGGGGCAUCUUGAAUUAUUUAAGAUAAAGAAUUGCUAUAAUAUUUGUUUUUAAAGUUACAUAAUUCAAGUAUAUUUGGAUUAACUCUGUUUUCUAGUUUAGUGUGGACUUAUUCUCAGUGAUUUUGACAGAUUACUUUCAAGUUUCAUUUUACCCAAAUCUGUAUACAUUAGUGAUAAAACCUCCUUAGAAAUAGCUUAAAAAAGUGUGUGUGUGGGGGUUCUGAUUUUGUAUUUGAAAUGUAAAUUUUUUAGCAAAUGUCAAGUUCAUUAACAAUAGCAUAAUUAUUUUUAUUUUAACUUAUUUUGUAGAGUUGGCACAUAGUAUGAUUUUCACAUAUUAUUGUGUGUCAGAUUUUACAUUAUAAUAGUUACAUACUAUAACUUGUUUAAGUCAUUGCAGAGCCGUCUUAAAUAACCCCUCCCUUAGGAAGUGUUUAAACAGAGGUGAAUUCCCAAACCUGUGUCAAGAACCAGUGAUUUAAAUGAUUGUAAGACAAGUCUUUGAAAGGCUCCCUUGGGUCAGUGGAGAUAAAUGAUAGCCCAUUUCCAUGCUGCAUACAGUUGUUAGGGUUUAUAAAGUUCUCAAUAUAUAAAAGUGCAAAAGCAGGAAAGACUAUGUAAAGUUGCCUAUAAAAUUUCUAUUUUCCAUUAUUUGCACUAUUUAUCUUUGCACUUGAUUUUUUGAAAGUUAAGACACUUUCACUUUUGUUUCUAGUCUUUUCUAAUUUCUUACAGAAUUUUGUUUUCAAAACCCCACCCAAAGCAAAACUUAUAUGCAAUUAAAUAUUCUUUAUAAGUCCAAGAAAAUAUUUCUUAGUGUUAGCUCUGUACGAGCAAAACUUUGUUUUGAUAAAAUUUUUAAUAUGGGCCUUUAUUUGCCAAUAUAAUCCUUUGUAAAUGUGAGUUUUAUUAAACUAUUUGAAUAGACAAAGUGAAAGCUUAGGAUAGGAAAAAAAAAUAUAUAUAUAUAUAUGUAUGAAAUGAUGUCUUUGAGGUCCAACUUGCAGCCUGAAAAGGCCUGAUUUUGGAGUGUUGAUGUGUUUUCACUGAAGUCAAUGAGAUUUUAGUAUAGCUGGUUAUUGGCUUAAAAAAGCUGGAAGUGAAGUGGGUGGCAAGUGGCAGCUCCCUCUUUCAUGUAGUUUUCCAUAAUACUCAUGGAGUUUCCUCAUGAUCUAUGUGAUAUAAUUGGUAUUGAAAUAAUUAUAUUAAAUGAAUAUUCCUUUUUGGAAUUCAAGGUUGACUCACUUUUUGAGGGGGGGAGGGUGGCAAGGGAUAAGAGACUUUAUUUUAACUAGAGGCAUUCUUAUAACCUCAAGAUGUGCUCUAGAAAGAAUAGAACAAAAAGUGUACCUGUGAACAUAUUUUUUGUCUUAGUGAGAUUGUGCGACACAGUGUUCGAAAUUGCAAAAAAGUUUUUGACAGUUUUGUCAAUAGAACAGAAAUGUGUUGGCUAAAAUUAUUUUUUUGUAAGUUAUUUAAUUAUUUCACUUUAUAGUCCCUUUCCCAUAGCCUUUUACGCACUUCGUACUUAAAAACCAACAAGUGAGAGGCCUCUCUUCAGAUCUGGUUUAUUUUUGGAAUGCCUGAGUGUGUUUCUGAUUUGGGGGGGAUGCAACGGGGGUGGUGUUUUAAUUCUUGACAUGCUCUUCUCAGCAUGUUUUGCUAUUCAUUCUGGAUCUUCUGUUUGCAAAUUCUGUUGAAAAUUCAGUGACGUAUUUGAAAUGAGAAGGUUCUCUAUGACAUAGUGUGAAUGUUUGUGGCUGGACUCUAUUGUGGAAACUUGCGGCUUUGUUUUUAAUUGGGGUAGAAAGUUAAGCUUCCAUUGUUCGGAUUUUAGCUUUAUCUAGUGGAAUUGUGCCCAGUGGUUGUCUAAAUAUGGACCAAUUUUGGGAAAUGAAGGUUGACAAAUGUGUAUUUGACUCUAGGUAAUCCUUUACUCAAAAUCGUAAAUUAAAGGCUUACAUCAUUAGAGUUGUUUUAGGUUGAAUGUGGAUGAUGAUCAGCAUUGUAUCUAUGAAUUUCCUUUGGGAAAACAGAAAACUUCAGUCUCCAAACCUUUUCCUGGAGACUUAAAUUUAUCAUAUAUGGAAAAAUGAAAGAAUUUUAGAAAGUGGCUUUCAUUAUUUUUAAAUGGAGUUUAAUCAGCUUAAUUAUUUUUUUCUAGUUUGAAGCACUUAUUUCCCAAAUGUGAAUAAAGGGAAAAGAUCAACAAUUUGGCCCCCCAUUUUUGAGGCCAUUUUUAGUUUUCUGCCCCCAUUUCCCAAUCCUGGUAUAAAAUGAAUUACGGGUAUCCCUCUAAGUCCCUGUAACCUCUUUUUGGGGUCACAGAUAUCUUUGAUAAUCUGAUGAAAGUGAUGGACCCUCUUCCCAGAAAGGAAAUGCACAUACACAAGUAAUUUUGCAUACAACCUCAGGGGCAUCACACAUCUUCUGAAACUCAAGUUAAGGAUCUCUGCUCUAAAUAAACUCUAUAGAGAGAAGUUUAAUGUAAUUAAUUGAUAAAAUUAGGAAAUAAUUAUUGGCUUAAAACAUUUCACAGUGGAAUUAUUGUCAGAUGGUCGCCCCUAUUAGCAAAAUGUAACAUUGCAACCAGCUUUGUUAGACAUUAGAACAUACAGACAGAAGGAAAAAUGAAGCAAAAUUCUGAGAGCUAUUUUUAAGGAGUCAGGGCAUCUCUAGAUGUGGGAGCCACUCCUGGUUCAAGGCAGGGGUCAGGGUGCCUGACAGCUUCUAGCAGGGUAGAGUUUGAUAAACUACAAUGCUCAGGAUGCCAAGGGGUUAGCCAGUAUCUUAACCCCUUCCUCACCAAAAGAUUUUAGUUUUAUCUGUUGGGAAACAAGAUGUCACUAGGGAAAAAAAAAAGAUUUGCCUUACAACUUUGCUGGAACACAUCAGUUUGGUGACAUAUGGGACAUUGGUAUUAUUUUUGAGAAGGUACAUAAAACCAAAGUAAAUUAUUCUCUAUGUAGAACAUUAUUUACUAGUAACAUUUGUUUGGAUGUAUUAGCUUUGACAGUUUUUACCAGUAAUAUUGGUUUUACUUAAAACUGGGAAUCCAGUUUAUAAAUAGGAUAGUUGAUAUAUCUGUCCUUUCCCCAUGUAAAGAAUAGUUUAAAGGUUUAUGCAUACUUUUUACUUUUCUCUCUUGAUGCCAUGGAGUAGGGUGGGUGGGGUAGGGGGAGAUCUCUGAGUCAACAACUGACAAAAUGUCUUCAAAUUUAAAAACUGAGAAGCAGCACCUUAUUUAAGUCUAACUGUACACCAUUUUAGUGCAUGUAUUAGUUUUAAUAAUGAUUUUUGGUGCAUGCCUUUGGGCUUAUUCAAAAGUGUACAAUAGGAAAGUAUAUGUAUUUCCUUUCUUAGAAAGGAGAUGUUUUUCUACUUUGCAACAUGUGAUUACAAAAAUCUUCCUCUGUGGGAAGAUUAACCAUGUAUUGAACUACUGAAAAGUAUAUAUUUUUAGAUAUACAGAGGGAAUCUACAUGGAGCAGCAUUCAGACCUAUAUAGAAGUCAUAGCAUUCUGUAUAGGACCAAAAAGGAAACAACAUUAAACACUUAAACAGACUUUGUUGGGUAGAAAUACCUUUAGAUCUUGCAUUGACUUCCAAAAAGAAAAUGCCACAGAAGUUUGCUGAAAACUUUUGUUGUUUGAAUUUUCUCUGUCAGUGUAUUUAGCCCAAGUACAACAGCUUUGGGUUAACACAUACAUAGGAAUCAAAAAAACAAAGCUAACUAAAUAAAUCAGUCUGGUUUGCCAAUCCAACUUGACUGAAAUAAGUAAACUAAUCACUUACAACAUGAAAAACUGUCCAACUCCUCUAAGGUUUUGACAAAAUAACCUUGGCUGAUGUGGGAAGACUCCCACUUUGAUUUCUGACCUGACAGUGAAGAUUCAUGCUUGACAUGAUUUCAAACCAGACAGCGUCUGUUUAAGGAGCUAUGGUACAGUUUGCUAAUUCAAUCCCAGAUACCUGUUGAUUACCUGUGAGAUCUAGAGUCCAAAGUAGCCAGCAGCUGCAUCCCUGAGUGCUCUGUGCCCAUCAGAUCUCUUAAAGUAAGCAGGUUGGGACAGGUCACAGCUCCUGAUGAGUGACCUCAGGUGCUGUGGGCAGCCCCAGAUUCAAGAAUUGUAUCUGCUUUCUUGGGAGUCAUCACUGAACUAAUGUCCCACAUGGUGUUACUUUAGAUGCUCUCUCGGAAGAGGCCCAGAGCACACAUCCUAACUGCUUGUGGUACUCAGAGAGGGGGUGCUAACUCUGAUGCCCUGGCCAAAUUCCAGUUUAGGGAUGUGGGUCUUCUUGCCAUUCUAAUUGGAAAUGUGCAUCGCUUCCCGUUUUCCCUGUUGAUCUCAGUGCAAACUGCACUAGUCUAUUUCUUUGCCCCAGUCCAAGUCUCUAAGAUGCUGGUGUGUAUUAUAUGGGCCAAGUUCAUGCCUUAUCCUAAUGUAGGAGAGUUGAGGAAUGAGUGAGCUCGGUGUUGAAGUGUCCUGUAGUUGGAGGGUAAACUCUUGUGAUGUUCUAGGGAUGAAAUUGGCCCUCUUUUCAGCUUAAGUUAGGGAAUGUGCACUGGCCGGAGGCUUCUUGCCAUGAGGUGUGAACUGAAACCUAUUUUCCCUCUUUUCUUAUAGCAUGUUGAGAAAAUCUGUUGGGUUUUUAGCAGUCAGGGAAGGCCGGAGUUCUGCAGCUCUAAUCUGGGUAACUGAGGCUGGUAUGAGCAAGACUUUGGUUAAUUAACUAGGUUCUCAGAUGCCACAGACUCCGUGAAAAGUCACCAUUAUUUUCAAUGGUUGUGAUAGAAUUUUCCCCAGUAGUCAUUAUUUUAAGAUUAUAUUGCAGAGUUGCUUUAUUUGAGCUUUUCGUGUAUACACAAUCCCAAACUGGAAGAAAUAAUGAUUUAAAAAAAGGAAUCCUGCUGUGAAAGGUAUAUAUUACUCUAGAUUUUUCUUACUGUAAAUAUUGUAAGAUUGUAAUACUGUCGAUAUUUUAUUAACCAACAAAUGUUAAUCUAUGUGAAUUCAGACUUAUUUUAAAUGUGCUUCUUAUUUACUGUGUGUGGUCCCUGUUGCUGACAGUAUUAAGUUAUAUUCUGAUGUAAGACUAACUUUAUUAAAGAAUGUAAACAUUAAUGUUUUCUUAUGGGAAAACAAAUAAAGUAUAAAGAAGACAAUUCUUUUCAUUAAAACAUACUGUGUAUUUACACUUGCUAGACCCAGCACCACUUAUAAAUUUAGUACACUGUUCAAAAUUUUAGUUAACACAGCUGGCAUGGUUGUGCUCCAUUUGAAAGUCUAAGAGUAGGUAUUGUUGGAAUCUAAACAGUUUGUAUUUGUCUGCUGUGAAUCAUAAUCUUGAAAUUUCUAAUCAAGUUUGUAAAAUUUUUAUAGUAAAACAUUUUAAUGACAAUUUAAAAAUUUAUCUUCUCUAAAGAAUGGUCAAAACAAUAUCCUUUCAGAAAUAGAAUUGUUCUUUAAUAUCUUUCCAAAAUGACUUUGGUUAAAUGGACCAGAUGUAUGUUAGUUAAAAUUUAGGACAAAGUUGUAAUAUUCUUUGAGUUUACAAGUUAAUCCUUAUUGGAGAUGUGCCAAUUAUACAGUAGAAUAUCAUUAAUUUGCACUGUUUGGGGACCCCAUUAAGAAUGCUGAAUUUUGCCAACUAAGAAGUAAGCAAUUGCAAUUUUAAAAGUAAAUUUGAGCAUUCUGUAUUAAAUAUGUGCAGUUAUUAUCACAUGAAGAAGCGCAGUGUGUCGGGCUGUAAUAUAACCAUACUUGCUGUCAUGUUCUCCCAUCUCAGUGCUGGGAACUCACCAUGUGGAAACCAAGCAAAUGUGUUGUGCAUCAGCCGGCUUGAGUUUGUUCAAUAUCAAAGCUGAAACUAGCGAGGUCUGCUGUACUGCUUAUUGAAGUAUUGUGAUUCUUUUAGGCAUUGAUUCUUACAAAAUAUAUACUGUAACAGUAUACUUUGUACAGAUUUAAAUUUUAUUUGAAAAAAUGAAAUAAAGUAGGCAAAAAAAUAAAGAUGUUUAUUUUUCA